GUGAGCAAGGCUCCCAUUCCGCGACUACUCGUUUUGGAUUUUCUGUUGGAGAAGAAGUUAAAGGAAACCCAAAGCGAACAUUGGCGAAAAAAACAAAGCGGACGACUGCUCGUGUGAGGCUCACCCUUUUAGGGAUAUAAAAUAUGGGGUUGGCCCAGACUAUACCUCCGGGACUGAUCUUCUGGAUUCUAGCAAUAAGUACAACAUGGACAUCCGCCCAAGAAACUGGUCACUGGUGUGACAACAGCAAAUUUAUAACAACAACGGAAGUGGGAAAAUGCGGGAACUUCAUGCAAAUGGUGUUGGACGGCUACUCUCUAGACCGGGAGGAAUCAAACCUGGCGGAUCUGUCUGAGAAGGAGGCUAACGCCAAGAUCAGCCAGUGGUCAAAAGAUCCCGACAACAGUCCAGACUGUGUUUUCAAUAAGAAAACGACGUCAUCUGAGCGGGAGUGCUGCCCUGACUGGAAGGGAGACAACUGCGAUAUCCCUAUCUGCGGCGAGAAAGGCUGUCAGAAUGGGGGUUCAUGCGCAGCUCCUAACCGCUGUAUAUGUCUUGAGGGGUACGGAGGCUACCUCUGCGAAGACGCUAAGUCAGAGCUCACCGCGAACAAGAAGUUCUGUUACAGGGGAGCUAACUGCUGGGGAGACAAGACAGCACCUGCACCGGUCACGGUUGAAGAGUGUUGUAAAGGCAUGGGCGGCUUCUGGGGUCUGUACGACCCCACCGACGUCACCAUGUGCCAAGAGUGCCCAGCAUAUCUCCAAGAUAACGGUACAAACGUCGUCACAGACCAGCUGUUCGAUCCCGGCUUCCGAACUUGUCUCUCGUAUCUCACCGACAGUUACAGGACACUUGAUGGCUACAACUACCGCUUUGGAGGCGGAUGUUCUUACGUCCUCGCCGAGCUGGAAAACGAAUGGAGUAUCUACAUGAAGCUUGUCAACUGCUAUUCCGUUGACACCUGUAAAAAGAAACUUAUCAUGAAGUUCCAGAUCGGACAGACUAUCGAAGUGUUCAGACAUGUUGUCAAGUUGAACGGAGAGGAAAUCACAUAUGACGGACUGGGAACAGUUGUUGGAGGAGUCAGAAUCCAGCGUUUAGGAGACGAGUUUCUGGAAUUUAAACCCACGAUUGGAGGGAUCGCUAUCAAAGUGAGCGCGGACUCGACUGUCAUGGUGACACUAGACAAUAAUCUGCGCUUUAUCCAGGGAAUGUCCGAUGAACAGAUGAUCCGUGGUCUCUGUGGCAACUUUGACGGUGACGCCAACAAUGACUUCACAACAGCAUUUGGCAAGUCAACCAAUAGCGCAUCUGAAUUUGGAACCUCUUUCGCCAUUGACAUUCCAAAUGAACCAUGUGACACCGCUGCCACUAACGUCAUGAACCGAUGUGUACAAGGCAGCGACAUCGAGGCUGCUGCCAGAGAGAAGUGUUCUCAACUCAGAUCUGGCGCUUUCCGGGAAUGUGGAAAAUACAUGUCUCCUGAGCCAUGGAUCCUGCGCUGUAUGGCUGAUUAUUGCGGAGCCGCCAACAUGGAAGGAGAAGCUAAUCUUAACAAGGCUGUCUGUACAAUAUUUACAAUUUUUGCUCAGCAAUGCUCAGAAUACGGACCACGCAUCUCAUGGAGAAGGACAGACUUUUGUCCAAUGUCGUGUCCCGCUAACAUGGUUUACACGGACUGCUAUGAGGAAUGCCCGCGCAGCUGUAGCUCGCUCACAACACUCCUGCCGAAAUGCGUAUCCUCCUGCGUACCUGGAUGUGAUUGCGCUCCAGGUUAUGUUAGAGAGGGCAAUGCCUGUAUUAAACCGGAAGACUGCCCAUGCCGAUACAAAAACGAGCUGCACCCGAGCGGUAGCGUCAUGUCUGUGGAUUGUAAUGAAUGCGUGUGUAACCACGGUCACUGGGACUGUACCACGGACAAGUGCGCCUCUACAUGCGCUAUUGUGGGUGUGGGAAACGUGAAGACGUUCGACGGAGAAGGUUACCACGUCAGAUUCAGCUCUUGUGCUUAUACAGCUGUUCAGCCAAUGGAUCAGUCCAAUGAUACCCGCACGCAGCUGUCCAUCAACCUACAGUUCCAACGCUGUACCGACAAUGCUGAUAUCGGCUGUAUUAGUGGAGUAGUCAUCUCAAACCCUGAAAUCUCCAUCGACGUCUCCUACAACAAAGUUUUGAUCAACGGUGUGGACCGAACCGGCAGUCUACCGCACACGUCCAAGAGUGCCGUCGUCAGAAUGGUUGCUUCGAAAUUCCUGUUGGUGAAAGGAUUCGGUUAUCGAGUGCUCUUCCACAAUGAGAGAAAUAUGCCAGCCGUGUACAUCCGACUCGAUCCUUUCUUCAAUGAUAAGGUGAGAGGUAUUUGCGGUACCUACAACUUCCAGAAAGAGGACGAUCUUUUGGCUGCGAAUGGUGCACCUUACACUCGUGCUAAAGACCUCGUGAACGCUUAUAAGGACCCGACUUGCCCUGCUGCAGAGAUUCCGGAAUCUGACUCUUGUCCAACUGUGAGCGCCGAAACCAUGCAAGAGAAAUGCGGUUACUUGGUGGACAAGACAGUGUUCGGAGACUGUGGCGAGAAGAUCGACAACAUUGGUUGGUACUACGAGAUGUGUCGUCAUGAUAUCUGCUCUCUUGGAUCUGCCAGCGGAAGGCGUCCUGAGUGCACCAUUAGCAACGCCCUAGCUGGGGAGUGUACUAAACAGGGUGCUUCCAUAGAUGAGAAUUACAUACAAACAAUUUGUGCCAAAGGUGAUUUCAAAGGACUUAACUGUGGAGAAAAUAGCUUCUAUACAUACAGCGCCUCCAUGUGCUCUGGCGAAUGCCGUGCUCUGUCUAUGCCAGACGUCCGCUGCACCGAGGAAAUGAUCCGAGGGUGCAAAUGUGAAGAUGAUAAACUGGUAGAUGAAGACGGCAAAUGUGUGAAUAUAGCCGAUUGCACCUGCUACAACAAAUACAACCCAGAGUUUCCAGUCUCUCGCGCUGGAGAUGAAGUCAUGAUGAAAUGUACAUCUUGUAAAUGUGAGAAUGGUGCUUGGGAAUGUGGGGAGGGUACGUGUAAAGAAGGCGUCGUCUGCCCCAAGAGUCAAGUCUGGCUGGAUUCUGUGUCCUCUUGCCAGAGAUCUUGUUUGACCUACGACAGCAACUUUCUCUGCCAGGAAGAGCGAUUUGAUGAGGGCUGUGGAUGUAACGGAACUAAGAUCAUGACAAAAGCCGGAUUGUGUGUGGAGCCUGACGAAUGUCCCUGUAUGUACGGGUCAGAAAUGUACGAGCCAGAGGAGUCAAUCAGGGUUGGCUGUAAGGAAAUCACCUGCCGACAGCGAAAAUGGGUCCAGACCCGAGAAUACGACUGCCCAGUCACUUGCACGGCUUCCGGAGAUCCUCAUUACAAGACGUUUGACGGCAAGGCCUACGCUUUCCAAGGUGCUUGUGAGUACAUCAUGGUGGCCGAUCCUGAUGGCCGCUUCAGUGUCGUGACUGCAAACAUGGCGUGCGGUGUCACGGGCGUGACCUGCACCAAGAGCGUGACUGUCACCGUCGACAGUAUGGUCAUCAACAUGCUGAGAGGCAAAGGUGUGACUGUUAACGACAGGACUAUUACCAACUUUCCAUACGAUACCACUGGUCUCCGAGUCAGCCGAGUUGGACUAUUCUACCACCUUUUCUUUGACUUCGGUCUCACUGUACAGUUCGAUUCACAUACCAGAGUGUACAUUCACCUCACCAACGACUGGAAGGACAAGAAUCUAGAGGGUCUUUGUGGUAACUACAACGGCAAUGCUGACGACGAUUAUAAAUCCAAAUCCGGCGCUGUCGAGUCUGUGAGCAAUGUGUUCGCUGACAGUUGGGCAACCACCUUGUGUCCAACAAAGCCUCAAGAAAUACCCGUCGAAGGAAACCUCUGCUUGGCGGAGCAUGCUAACAGACAGCCGUGGGCUAUUUCCUCCUGUAGCAUCAUCAAGUCUGGUGCAGUGUUCCAAGAUUGCAGAAACAACCCCAGUAUGCUUAGCAGUACCGUCGAGCGAUUCUAUUCAGACUGUGUGUUUGAUGCAUGCAGCUGCGAUCGUGGUGGAGACUGUGAGUGUCUGUGUACAGCCAUUGCAAACUUUGCCGAAGAGUGUAACAGAAUUGGAUACCCCGUCAAAUGGAGGCACCAGGACCUUUGUCCCAUGCAGUGUGAAUACGGGUACGUGUACAAACCAUGUGGCUCCCCCUGUGAGCAGACGUGUAAGAACAUCGGAGCUGAUCCAGAGGCUUACUGUCAUUCCACUCACUGUAUGGAAGGCUGCUACUGUCCCGAUGGCAUGGUGGAGAAUGGUGGUUCGUGUAUCCCCGCCGAAGAUUGCCCAUGCUCCUUGAAUGGCGUGAUGUAUCCCAAAGGGGCAAUUCUUUACGAAAACUGCAGAAACUGCACUUGUGUGGCCGGCCAAUUUGAAUGUGUUGGUGAAGGCUGCCAAUGCUUGCAGGACGAAUUUGCUUGCUCCGACGGCAGUUGUAUUCAGGCCCGAUAUGAGUGCGACGGACACGUGGACUGCGCCGAUGGCUCUGACGAAGCGGAGUGUGCUGGUCCGUGUGAAGCUGGAGAGUUCCAGUGUGUGGACAAACACUUCUGUAUCUCAGAAGACUACCUGUGUGAUAAGAACGUGGACUGUUUGGACGGCAGUGACGAGUGGGCAUGCGAAGCGACUGCACCACCGUGCGGUUUGCACCAAUUCUCUUGCGACUCAGGCGAGUGCAUUCCAAUGGAAUACUACUGCGAUGGAACCCAAGAUUGUGGCGAAAUGGACGAUUCAGACGAGGCUCACUGCAAAGGACCUUGUACAGAUGGAUACUUCAGCUGUAAUAUGACAUCCAUUAAGGCUUGCUGGCCUGACAGUCUCAAGUGCGAUGGCCACGACGACUGUGGUAAUGGACUAGACGAGGAAGGCUGUGCAUGCGAUGCUUUUGAUAUGGAUUCAUCAAGUGCUUACAUCGAAGUGACGUCAUCAACCGGAGCCAGUGCCGCCGGAGCUCUAGAGGGUUCCGGACAGUCGUAUGUGGAUUACGAUAGUGUCAAACCCACUCUGGAUAUCACAUUCAAGGGCAUUAAAAACGUCAGGACAACUCGUGUCGUCCUGCAAGUUUCCAGCGCUGCAAGCGUGACCGUCACAAUCAAUCCCGAUGGCAACAACCCAUUUGAUCAGAAAUAUGACGGAGAGAAUGGUGUUGUUAUGGUUGACAUGGAGCUUCAAGGAAGAGGUACAAACAUUAUUCGAAUUACUGCAGAAAAGGAUUCACCUACUGCGGCAGUCAUCUACGAAAGUCUCCUGGUCGCAGCUUGCUUCGACGUUGUGGAAGAACCAUCGACCACAGCCGCCUCACCCGGUACAACGCUUAUUACGACUACACCAAUGCCUUUAAAAUGCGAGGGAGAUAACCCGGGACAGAUGAUGACCACUGUCGGCUACCCGGACCAGUUCCAGCUUGAAGCUGCCGAACCGUCAGAAAACUCUGCACCAGAAAACGCUCUCAAAGGUUCAGGAAAAGACUUCUCAACUGGAGCCGAAGACGCGUUCUUCUCUAUCAAGAAAGCAGCCAGAUAUCUGACCAUUUCCUUCAUUCUGGACGGCGAAAUCAGCGGGUUCACUGUGACCGUGGUGAAGGAUGGGGUUGACGAAAUAGUCUUCGUGGAUAAUGAGGUGGAUUCGUCACAACCCAUUCAAGUUAAAAACAAGUAUGUGGAUCAGACUGCUGACGGCAUUACAAUCCGAGUGGUCAAAAAGAGCCCUGAGGCUGAGGUUCGAUUUUACGAUGUUCAGGCGGAAAUUUGUGAAAUUCCAGGGACAGAGCCAACCACGACAGAAACACCGCCCACGACACCUCCAGUAUGCACUGAUAACAAUGAAUUCCUUUGUUCGGACGGCACGUGUAUUCUUCAAACACAGCUCUGCGACAUGGUCUGUGAUUGCCAUGGAAAUCCAGACUGUGAGGACGAAAACCGCCUCGACUGCACAAAAAAAGAGUGUCAGCCCGAUUAUACUAAGUUGCCGGGUUGUACAAUCAUGUACGAGGUAACGGAAUGCAUGCCAAAUACAACGAUAUGCGAUGGGCAGGUCGAUUGUGACAAUGGGGAGGACGAAGCUGAAGCCUUGUGUGGAACACCAGGGACAACUGCAGGUACGCCAGGUACAACAGCAGGAACACCAGGUACAACUGCAGGAACACCAGGUACAACUGUAGGUACACCAGGUACAACUGCAGGUACACCAGGUACAACUGCAGGAACACCAGGUACAACUGCAGGAACACCAGGGACAACUGAAGCAACGACCCCGUCAGUGGCAGCACCAACAGAUUGCGAAUCCAAUCUUCCUAUUACCAGCGCUGUACCCUCUGAUGUCGGACAACCGGGACAGAACCCAUUUAGUCCAGAACAGAGUGACUUUAUUGAGCUGGAGUUCACCAAAUUACUUUUUGUACACUCUGUGACAGCAGAGACAAGUGAUACAUUUACCGUACAGUAUAAAGAUCCUGCCGGAGCGUGGGUACCAUACCAAAGCAAGAUCGACGGACAGGAUGCACCAAAUGGUCAAUUUUCACCAGACUCAGGAGGAGAACAAAAAUUUGAUGUUAUACCUUUCAUAGCUUCGGCUGUGAGGAUAUAUCCCACGAAGGCCAUUACUAUUAGCAUUCAGGGAUGCGAGGAACCAGGAACUACUGCCGGAACACCAGGAACAACUGCCGGAACACCAGGAACCACUGCCGGAACACCAGGUACAACUGCAGGAACACCAGGAACAACUGUGGCAUCGACGACUCCUUUCCAAUGUCCUUCGACUCCAUUCAGUCUGAGCAGAGACAACCAGAACCUUUUCACAUUGGAAGAGGUUCCUACUAACGACAUGUCUGCAAUUGAAGAAGUUCUACCAGGAGGCGAGGGUUAUGCCGUGAAGGAAUUUGUCCUGACUUUGUCUAGUGAUGUGGUUUCUCCAGUUAUUAUGUCUGUUGAACUGGGUGUGGAUGGUACUUCUGAUACACCAGUGACCGUGACCGUUUUGGAUGGAGAGGAGGAAGUACUGACUAAACCCAUCACAGUUCCAGUGGCUGAUUCUGGCGUUGAAGAAUUCAAGGUUCCCGGAAACAAGGUUCGCGUCAUAGUAGAGUCUGCUGAGGCCUUAACUGUUAAAGACUUCGUGGUUACAGUUUGUGGAGAAGCGCCAACAGAAGGAACACCAGGCACAACUGCAGGUACGCCAGCUACAACAGCAGGUACACCAGGAACAACCGCUGGUACACCAGGAACAACCGCUGGUACACCAGGAACAACGUCAGCAACGCAGCCCACGACACCAUACAAAUGUGACGGGGAAAACAUGGAACCUCUUGCUUUGACUGAGGACAUGGUAUCAUACUCGGGUGGAGAGGGCUCCGUGCUUGUCGGAGCUGACGGAUGGGCUUCCAAUCCUGACGCGUCGGAAUCCGUCACAAUAACUGCAUCUGAAGGGUCUUCUUUUGUCAUUUUCAACAUCAAAUUUGCUGGCACAGCUGACUCAAAAGUCUCAUCAGCAUUAGUGGACGUCAAGUUUGCUGAUGGUAGCCCUGCGAAACAGUUCACAGUUAAUGUGGAUCUGCCGGAUGGCGAUUCUGUGUAUACCGAAGAACUUACUCCUUUCUUAACGGAAGUUGCUUCCGUCACUGUGACUCCACUGGAUGGUACUAGAAAUGGAAAUAACGCCCUUGUACUCAAGCUGGACAUCAGCGGUUGCUUGGAACUCGCACCAACUACAACCGGAGGCACAACUGCCGGAACACCAGGAACAACUGCUGCAACACCAGCAACAACUCCAUUCGAAUGUCCUUCGACUCCAUUCAGCCUGAGUAGAGACAACCAGAAUCUUUUCACAUUGGAAGAGGUUCCUACUAACGACAUGUCUGCAAUUGAUGAAGUUCUACCAGGAGGCGAGGGUUAUGCCGUGAAGGAAUUUGUCCUGACUUUGUCUAGUGAUGUGGUUUCUCCAGUUAUUAUGUCUGUUGAACUGGGUGUGGAUGGUACUUCUGAUACACCAGUGACCGUGACUGUUUUGAAUGGGGAAGAGGAAGUACUGACAAAACCAGUGACAGUUCCCGUUGGAGAGCCCGGCGUUGGAGAAUUCAAAGUCGCCGGAAACAAGGUUCGAUUCACGGUAGACUCUGCUGACGUCUUGAAUGUUAAAGACUUGGUGGUCACCAUUUGUGGAGAAGCACCAACGGAAGGCACGACCGUCGGAACACCAGGUACAACUGCCGGAACACCAGGUACAACUGCUGGAACACCAGGCACAACUGCCGGAACACCAGGCACAACCGCAGCAACACCAGGCACAACAGCUGCAACGCCAGGCACAACAGCAGCAACACCAGGCACAACAGCUGCAACACCAGCAACAACUCCAUUCCAAUGUCCUUCGACUCCAUUCAGCCUGAGUAGAGACAACCAGAACCUUUUCUCAUUGGAAGAGGUUCCUACUAACGACAUGUCUGCAAUUGAAGAAGUUUUACCAGGAGGCGAGGGUUAUGCUGUGAAGGAAUUUGUCCUGACUUUGUCUAGUGAUGUGGUUUCUCCAGUUAUUAUGUCUGUUGAACUGGGUGUGGAUGGUACUUCUGAUACACCAGUGACCGUGACUGUUUUGAACGGUGGAGAGGAAGUAUUGACAAAACCAGUGACAGUUCCCGUGGGAGUGCCCGGUGUUGGAGAAUUCAAAGUCGCAGGGAACAAGAUUCGCGUCACUGUAGACUCUGCUGAAGCCUUGAAUGUUAAAGACUUGGUGGUUACCAUUUGUGGAGAAGCACCAACAGAGGGCACAACCGCCGGAACACCAGGUACAACUGCCGGAACACCAGGUACAACUGCCGGAACACCAGGUACAACAAUUGGAACACCAGGUACCACAGCUGGAACACCAGGAACAACAGCUGCAACACCAGGUACAACAUCUGCAACACCAGGUACAACUGCAGGAACACCAGCAACAACUCCAUUUCAAUGUCCUUCGACUCCAUUCAGCCUGAGUAGAGACAACCAGAACCUUUUCACAUUGGAAGAGGUUCCUACUAACGACAUGUCUGCAAUUGAAGAAGUUCUACCAGGAGGCGAGGGUUAUGCCGUGAAGGAAUUUGUCCUGACUUUGUCUAGUGAUGUGGUUUCCCCAGUCAUUAUGUCUGUUGAACUGGGUGUGGAUGGUACUUCUGAUACACCAGUGACCGUGACUGUUUUGAACGGUGAAGAGGAAGUAUUGACAAAACCAGUGACAGUUCCCGUGGGAGUGCCCGGUGUUGGAGAAUUCAAAGUCGCAGGGAACAAGGUUCGCGUCACUGUAGACUCUGCUGAAGCCUUGAAUGUUAAAGACUUGGUGGUUACCAUUUGUGGAGAAGCACCAACAGAAGGCACAACGGCAGGAACACCAGGUACAACUGCCGGAACACCAGGUACAACAGUUGGAACACCAGGUACCACAGUAGGUACGCCAGGUACAACUGCAGGAACACCAGGUACAACUGCAGGUACACCAGGCACAACAGCAGGAACACCAGCCACAACAGCGGGGACACCAGGUACAACUGCAGGUACGCCAGGUACAACUGCAGGUACACCAGGCACAACUGCAGGAACGCCAGGUACAACUGCAGGUACACCAGCUACAACUCCAACGAAGUAUGAAUGUACGAAACAACCAACCACUUUAGACGAGACCAAUGUACAGCUGUAUUCUGUUGAGGUUGACGGAGAUUCACCAGCCCAGGAUGUAACUGGCGAUCAGCCCGUCGAUGUCACUGACAAGUUGGAUGUUACCUUGGAUACCAGCAAGCUGGAGGAGACUCCAGUAGUAAUGACUGUCUCUGUAGCUGUCAACACCGACAAGACUGGCAAACUGCGUGUCAUACUGACGAAUGCUGGUGAAGAAGUAGAGGUCAAGGAGUAUGAUCUCACAGCGGGUACAGUUGAUGUGACCUUCAACAAACCUGGCGACAAAGUCAGCUUUGAUGUGGUGCCAGAUGAAGAUGGUGUCAGUGUACAGCUGUCUUCCGUCGAUGUUGAAGUGUGCCUCAAAGAAUGUACGGAACAACCAACCACUUUAGACGAGACCAAUGUGCAGCUGUAUUCUGUUGAGGUUGACGGAGAUUCACCAGCCCAGGAUGUAACUGGCGAUCAGCCCGUCGAUGUCACUGACAAGUUGGAUGUUACCUUGGAUACCAGCAAGCUGGAGGAGACUCCAGUAGUAAUGACUGUCUCUGUAGCUGUCAACACCGACAAGACUGGCAAACUGCGUGUCAUACUGACGAAUGCUGGUGAAGAAGUAGAGGUCAAGGAGUAUGAUCUCACAGCGGGUACAGUUGAUGUGACCUUCAACAAACCUGGCGACAAAGUCAGCUUUGAUGUGGUGCCAGAUGAAGAUGGUGUCAGUGUACAGCUGUCUUCCGUCAAUGUUGAAGUGUGCCUCAAAGAAUGUACGGAACAACCAACCACUUUAGACGAGACCAAUGUGCAGCUGUAUUCUGUUGAGGUUGACGGAGAUUCACCAGCCCAGGAUGUAACUGGCGAUCAGCCCGUCGAUGUCACUGACAAGUUGGAUGUUACCUUGGAUACCAGCAAGCUGGAGGAGACUCCAGUAGUAACGACUGUCUCUGUAGCUGUCAACACCGACAAGACUGGCAAACUGCGUGUCAUACUGACGAAUGCUGGUGAAGAAGUAGAGGUCAAGGAGUAUGAUCUCACAGCGGGUACAGUUGAUGUGACCUUCAACAAACCUGGCGACAAAGUCAGCUUUGAUGUGGUGCCAGAUGAAGAUGGUGUCAGUGUACAGCUGUCUUCCGUCAAUGUUGAAGUGUGCCUCAAAGAAUGUACGGAACAACCAACCACUUUAGACGAGACCAAUGUACAGCUGUAUUCUGUUGAGGUUGACGGAGAUUCACCAGCCCAGGAUGUAACUGGCGAUCAGCCCGUCGAUGUCACUGACAAGUUGGAUGUUACCUUGGAUACCAGCAAGCUGGAGGAGACUCCAGUAGUAAUGACUGUCUCUGUAGCUGUCAACACCGACAAGACUGGCAAACUGCGUGUCAUACUGACGAAUGCUGGUGAAGAAGUAGAGGUCAAGGAGUAUGAUCUCACAGCGGGUACAGUUGAUGUGACCUUCAACAAACCUGGCGACAAAGUCAGCUUUGAUGUGGUGCCAGAUGAAGAUGGUGUCAGUGUACAGCUGUCUUCCGUCGAUGUUGAAGUGUGCCUCAAAGAAUGUACGGAACAACCAACCACUUUAGACGAGACCAAUGUGCAGCUGUAUUCUGUUGAGGUUGACGGAGAUUCACCAGCCCAGGAUGUAACUGGCGAUCAGCCCGUCGAUGUCACUGACAAGUUGGAUGUUACCUUGGAUACAAGCAAGCUGGAGGAGACUCCAGUAGUAAUGACUGUCUCUGUAGCUGUCAACACCGACAAGACUGGCAAACUGCGUGUCAUACUGACGAAUGCUGGUGAAGAAGUAGAGGUCAAGGAGUAUGAUCUCACAGCGGGUACAGUUGAUGUGACCUUCAACAAACCUGGCGACAAAGUCAGCUUUGAUGUGGUGCCAGAUGAAGAUGGUGUCAGUGUACAGCUGUCUUCCGUCGAUGUUGAAGUGUGCCUCAAAGAAUGUACGGAACAACCAACCACUUUAGACGAGACCAAUGUACAGCUGUAUUCUGUUGAGGUUGACGGAGAUUCACCAGCCCAGGAUGUAACUGGCGAUCAGCCCGUCGAUGUCACUGACAAGUUGGAUGUUACCUUGGAUACCAGCAAGCUGGAGGAGACUCCAGUAGUAAUGACUGUCUCUGUAGCUGUCAACACCGACAAGACUGGCAAACUGCGUGUCAUACUGACGAAUGCUGGUGAAGAAGUAGAGGUCAAGGAGUAUGAUCUCACAGCGGGUACAGUUGAUGUGACCUUCAACAAACCUGGCGACAAAGUCAGCUUUGAUGUGGUGCCAGAUGAAGAUGGUUUCAGUGUACAGCUGUCUUCCGUCAAUGUUGAAGUGUGCCUCAAAGAAUGUACGGAACAACCAACCACUUUAGACGAGACCAAUGUACAGCUGUAUUCUGUUGAGGUUGACGGAGAUUCACCAGCCCAGGAUGUAACUGGCGAUCAGCCCGUCGAUGUCACUGACAAGUUGGAUGUUACCUUGGAUACCAGCAAGCUGGAGGAGACUCCAGUAGUAAUGACUGUCUCUGUAGCUGUCAACACCGACAAGACUGGCAAACUGCGUGUCAUACUGACGAAUGCUGGUGAAGAAGUAGAGGUCAAGGAGUAUGAUCUCACAGCGGGUACAGUUGAUGUGACCUUCAACAAACCUGGCGACAAAGUCAGCUUUGAUGUGGUGCCAGAUGAAGAUGGUGUCAGUGUACAGCUGUCUUCCGUCAAUGUUGAAGUGUGCCUCAAAGAAUGUACGGAACAACCAACCACUUUAGACGAGACCAAUGUACAGCUGUAUUCUGUUGAGGUUGACGGAGAUUCACCAGCCCAGGAUGUAACUGGCGAUCAGCCCGUCGAUGUCACUGACAAGUUGGAUGUUACCUUGGAUACCAGCAAGCUGGAGGAGACUCCAGUAGUAAUGACUGUCUCUGUAGCUGUCAACACCGACAAGACUGGCAAACUGCGUGUCAUACUGACGAAUGCUGGUGAAGAAGUAGAGGUCAAGGAGUAUGAUCUCACAGCGGGUACAGUUGAUGUGACCUUCAACAAACCUGGCGACAAAGUCAGCUUUGAUGUGGUGCCAGAUGAAGAUGGUGUCAGUGUACAGCUGUCUUCCGUCGAUGUUGAAGUGUGCCUCAAAGAAUGUACGGAACAACCAACCACUUUAGACGAGACCAAUGUACAGCUGUAUUCUGUUGAGGUUGACGGAGAUUCACCAGCCCAGGAUGUAACUGGCGAUCAGCCCGUCGAUGUCACUGACAAGUUGGAUGUUACCUUGGAUACAAGCAAGCUGGAGGAGACUCCAGUAGUAAUGACUGUCUCUGUAGCUGUCAACACCGACAAGACUGGCAAACUGCGUGUCAUACUGACGAAUGCUGGUGAAGAAGUAGAGGUCAAGGAGUAUGAUCUCACAGCGGGUACAGUUGAUGUGACCUUCAACAAACCUGGCGACAAAGUCAGCUUUGAUGUGGUGCCAGAUGAAGAUGGUGUCAGUGUACAGCUGUCUUCCGUCAAUGUUGAAGUGUGCCUCAAAGAAUGUACGGAACAACCAACCACUUUAGACGAGACCAAUGUACAGCUGUAUUCUGUUGAGGUUGACGGAGAUUCACCAGCCCAGGAUGUAACUGGCGAUCAGCCCGUCGAUGUCACUGACAAGUUGGAUGUUACCUUGGAUACCAGCAAGCUGGAGGAGACUCCAGUAGUAAUGACUGUCUCUGUAGCUGUCAACACCGACAAGACUGGCAAACUGCGUGUCAUACUGACGAAUGCUGGUGAAGAAGUAGAGGUCAAGGAGUAUGAUCUCACAGCGGGUACAGUUGAUGUGACCUUCAACAAACCUGGCGACAAAGUCAGCUUUGAUGUGGUGCCAGAUGAAGAUGGUGUCAGUGUACAGCUGUCUUCCGUCAAUGUUGAAGUGUGCCUCAAAGAAUGUACGGAACAACCAACCACUUUAGACGAGACCAAUGUACAGCUGUAUUCUGUUGAGGUUGACGGAGAUUCACCAGCCCAGGAUGUAACUGGCGAUCAGCCCGUCGAUGUCACUGACAAGUUGGAUGUUACCUUGGAUACAAGCAAGCUGGAGGAGACUCCAGUAGUAAUGACUGUCUCUGUAGCUGUCAACACCGACAAGACUGGCAAACUGCGUGUCAUACUGACGAAUGCUGGUGAAGAAGUAGAGGUCAAGGAGUAUGAUCUCACAGCGGGUACAGUUGAUGUGACCUUCAACAAACCUGGCGACAAAGUCAGCUUUGAUGUGGUGCCAGAUGAAGAUGGUGUCAGUGUACAGCUGUCUUCCGUCAAUGUUGAAGUGUGCCUCAAAGAAUGUACGGAACAACCAACCACUUUAGACGAGACCAAUGUACAGCUGUAUUCUGUUGAGGUUGACGGAGAUUCACCAGCCCAGGAUGUAACUGGCGAUCAGCCCGUCGAUGUCACUGACAAGUUGGAUGUUACCUUGGAUACCAGCAAGCUGGAGGAGACUCCAGUAGUAAUGACUGUCUCUGUAGCUGUCAACACCGACAAGACUGGCAAACUGCGUGUCAUACUGACGAAUGCUGGUGAAGAAGUAGAGGUCAAGGAGUAUGAUCUCACAGCGGGUACAGUUGAUGUGACCUUCAACAAACCUGGCGACAAAGUCAGCUUUGAUGUGGUGCCAGAUGAAGAUGGUGUCAGUGUACAGCUGUCUUCCGUCAAUGUUGAAGUGUGCCUCAAAGAAUGUACGGAACAACCAACCACUUUAGACGAGACCAAUGUACAGCUGUAUUCUGUUGAGGUUGACGGAGAUUCACCAGCCCAGGAUGUAACUGGCGAUCAGCCCGUCGAUGUCACUGACAAGUUGGAUGUUACCUUGGAUACCAGCAAGCUGGAGGAGACUCCAGUAGUAAUGACUGUCUCUGUAGCUGUCAACACCGACAAGACUGGCAAACUGCGUGUCAUACUGACGAAUGCUGGUGAAGAAGUAGAGGUCAAGGAGUAUGAUCUCACAGCGGGUACAGUUGAUGUGACCUUCAACAAACCUGGCGACAAAGUCAGCUUUGAUGUGGUGCCAGAUGAAGAUGGUGUCAGUGUACAGCUGUCUUCCGUCGAUGUUGAAGUGUGCCUCAAAGAAUGUACGGAACAACCAACCACUUUAGACGAGACCAAUGUACAGCUGUAUUCUGUUGAGGUUGACGGAGAUUCACCAGCCCAGGAUGUAACUGGCGAUCAGCCCGUCGAUGUCACUGACAAGUUGGAUGUUACCUUGGAUACCAGCAAGCUGGAGGAGACUCCAGUAGUAAUGACUGUCUCUGUAGCUGUCAACACCGACAAGACUGGCAAACUGCGUGUCAUACUGACGAAUGCUGGUGAAGAAGUAGAGGUCAAGGAGUAUGAUCUCACAGCGGGUACAGUUGAUGUGACCUUCAACAAACCUGGCGACAAAGUCAGCUUUGAUGUGGUGCCAGAUGAAGAUGGUGUCAGUGUACAGCUGUCUUCCGUCAAUGUUGAAGUGUGCCUCAAAGAAUGUACGGAACAACCAACCACUUUAGACGAGACCAAUGUACAGCUGUAUUCUGUUGAGGUUGACGGAGAUUCACCAGCCCAGGAUGUAACUGGCGAUCAGCCCGUCGAUGUCACUGACAAGUUGGAUGUUACCUUGGAUACCAGCAAGCUGGAGGAGACUCCAGUAGUAAUGACUGUCUCUGUAGCUGUCAACACCGACAAGACUGGCAAACUGCGUGUCAUACUGACGAAUGCUGGUGAAGAAGUAGAGGUCAAGGAGUAUGAUCUCACAGCGGGUACAGUUGAUGUGACCUUCAACAAACCUGGCGACAAAGUCAGCUUUGAUGUGGUGCCAGAUGAAGAUGGUGUCAGUGUACAGCUGUCUUCCGUCAAUGUUGAAGUGUGCCUCAAAGAAUGUACGGAACAACCAACCACUUUAGACGAGACCAAUGUACAGCUGUAUUCUGUUGAGGUUGACGGAGAUUCACCAGCCCAGGAUGUAACUGGCGAUCAGCCCGUCGAUGUCACUGACAAGUUGGAUGUUACCUUGGAUACCAGCAAGCUGGAGGAGACUCCAGUAGUAAUGACUGUCUCUGUAGCUGUCAACACCGACAAGACUGGCAAACUGCGUGUCAUACUGACGAAUGCUGGUGAAGAAGUAGAGGUCAAGGAGUAUGAUCUCACAGCGGGUACAGUUGAUGUGACCUUCAACAAACCUGGCGACAAAGUCAGCUUUGAUGUGGUGCCAGAUGAAGAUGGUGUCAGUGUACAGCUGUCUUCCGUCGAUGUUGAAGUGUGCCUCAAAGAAUGUACGGAACAACCAACCACUUUAGACGAGACCAAUGUACAGCUGUAUUCUGUUGAGGUUGACGGAGAUUCACCAGCCCAGGAUGUAACUGGCGAUCAGCCCGUCGAUGUCACUGACAAGUUGGAUGUUACCUUGGAUACCAGCAAGCUGGAGGAGACUCCAGUAGUAAUGACUGUCUCUGUAGCUGUCAACACCGACAAGACUGGCAAACUGCGUGUCAUACUGACGAAUGCUGGUGAAGAAGUAGAGGUCAAGGAGUAUGAUCUCACAGCGGGUACAGUUGAUGUGACCUUCAACAAACCUGGCGACAAAGUCAGCUUUGAUGUGGUGCCAGAUGAAGAUGGUGUCAGUGUACAGCUGUCUUCCGUCAAUGUUGAAGUGUGCCUCAAAGAAUGUACGGAACAACCAACCACUUUAGACGAGACCAAUGUACAGCUGUAUUCUGUUGAGGUUGACGGAGAUUCACCAGCCCAGGAUGUAACUGGCGAUCAGCCCGUCGAUGUCACUGACAAGUUGGAUGUUACCUUGGAUACCAGCAAGCUGGAGGAGACUCCAGUAGUAAUGACUGUCUCUGUAGCUGUCAACACCGACAAGACUGGCAAACUGCGUGUCAUACUGACGAAUGCUGGUGAAGAAGUAGAGGUCAAGGAGUAUGAUCUCACAGCGGGUACAGUUGAUGUGACCUUCAACAAACCUGGCGACAAAGUCAGCUUUGAUGUGGUGCCAGAUGAAGAUGGUGUCAGUGUACAGCUGUCUUCCGUCAAUGUUGAAGUGUGCCUCAAAGAAUGUACGGAACAACCAACCACUUUAGACGAGACCAAUGUACAGCUGUAUUCUGUUGAGGUUGACGGAGAUUCACCAGCCCAGGAUGUAACUGGCGAUCAGCCCGUCGAUGUCACUGACAAGUUGGAUGUUACCUUGGAUACCAGCAAGCUGGAGGAGACUCCAGUAGUAAUGACUGUCUCUGUAGCUGUCAACACCGACAAGACUGGCAAACUGCGUGUCAUACUGACGAAUGCUGGUGAAGAAGUAGAGGUCAAGGAGUAUGAUCUCACAGCGGGUACAGUUGAUGUGACCUUCAACAAACCUGGCGACAAAGUCAGCUUUGAUGUGGUGCCAGAUGAAGAUGGUGUCAGUGUACAGCUGUCUUCCGUCGAUGUUGAAGUGUGCCUCAAAGAAUGUACGGAACAACCAACCACUUUAGACGAGACCAAUGUACAGCUGUAUUCUGUUGAGGUUGACGGAGAUUCACCAGCCCAGGAUGUAACUGGCGAUCAGCCCGUCGAUGUCACUGACAAGUUGGAUGUUACCUUGGAUACCAGCAAGCUGGAGGAGACUCCAGUAGUAAUGACUGUCUCUGUAGCUGUCAACACCGACAAGACUGGCAAACUGCGUGUCAUACUGACGAAUGCUGGUGAAGAAGUAGAGGUCAAGGAGUAUGAUCUCACAGCGGGUACAGUUGAUGUGACCUUCAACAAACCUGGAGACAAAGUCAGCUUUGAUGUGGUGCCAGAUGAAGAUGGUGUCAGUGUACAGCUGUCUUCCGUCAAUGUUGAAGUGUGCCUCAAAGAAUGUACGGAACAACCAACCACUUUAGACGAGACCAAUGUACAGCUGUAUUCUGUUGAGGUUGACGGAGAUUCACCAGCCCAGGAUGUAACUGGCGAUCAGCCCGUCGAUGUCACUGACAAGUUGGAUGUUACCUUGGAUACCAGCAAGCUGGAGGAGACUCCAGUAGUAAUGACUGUCUCUGUAGCUGUCAACACCGACAAGACUGGCAAACUGCGUGUCAUACUGACGAAUGCUGGUGAAGAAGUAGAGGUCAAGGAGUAUGAUCUCACAGCGGGUACAGUUGAUGUGACCUUCAACAAACCUGGCGACAAAGUCAGCUUUGAUGUGGUGCCAGAUGAAGAUGGUGUCAGUGUACAGCUGUCUUCAGUCGAUGUUGAAGUGUGCCUCAAAGAAUGUACGGAACAACCAACCACUUUAGACGAGACCAAUGUACAGCUGUAUUCUGUUGAGGUUGACGGAGAUUCACCAGCCCAGGAUGUAACUGGCGAUCAGCCCGUCGAUGUCACUGACAAGUUGGAUGUUACCUUGGAUACCAGCAAGCUGGAGGAGACUCCAGUAGUAAUGACUGUCUCUGUAGCUGUCAACACCGACAAGACUGGCAAACUGCGUGUCAUACUGACGAAUGCUGGUGAAGAGGUAGAGGUCAAGGAGUAUGAUCUCACAGCGGGUACAGUUGAUGUGACCUUCAACAAACCUGGCGACAAAGUCAGCUUUGAUGUGGUGCCAGAUGAAGAUGGUGUCAGUGUACAGCUGUCUUCCGUCAAUGUUGAAGUGUGCCUCAAAGAAUGUACGGAACAACCAACCACUUUAGACGAGACCAAUGUACAGCUGUAUUCUGUUGAGGUUGACGGAGAUUCACCAGCCCAGGAUGUAACUGGCGAUCAGCCCGUCGAUGUCACUGACAAGUUGGAUGUUACCUUGGAUACCAGCAAGCUGGAACAGACUCCAGUAGUAAUGACUGUCUCUGUAGCUGUCAACACCGACAAGACUGGCAAACUGCGUGUCAUACUGACGAAUGCUGGUGAAGAAGUAGAGAUGUGA